AGAUUCUGACUUGAGUUGCAACUUCCGACUCGGAGACUGGUCGUUCCGAGGUGACAGGGAACGCGGCAUCGCUUUCACAACAGGAUGGGUGGGCGGAGUCUGCAGCUACAACAUGGCGGCGUGUUUCUGUCAACACGGUCGAUGGACUGAAGUGAAAUGAGGCCGAUCCAUGUGUUGUUGCUUCUCGGGGCUGUGACGAGCAGCGGAGUUGUCCUCGCGACGUCUGCCCCGACAGAGGACUGGCAGACGGCCACGUCUAUUUAUGACUUCUCAGCGACAGAUAUUGAUGGCAAUGUGGUUUCCCUGGAGAAGUACAGGGGGAAUGUUGUCAUCAUUACCAACGUUGCCUCUAAAUGAGGCAAAACCCCAGUAAACUACUCUCAGUUUGCGCAGAUGUACGCCACGUAUGCUGAGAGAGGUUUACGCAUCCUCGCCUUCCCCUCUAACCAGUUUGGGAACCAGGAGCCUGGCAGUGAGUCUCAGAUCAAACAGUUUGCUGAGUCUUACCACGCUCACUUCGACAUGUUCAGUAAGAUCAAUGUGAACGGAGCCAACGCUCACCCUCUGUGGAAGUGGUUGAAGGAGCAGCCCAACGGGAGAGGCUUCCUGGGAAACAGUAUCAAGUGGAACUUCACCAAGUUUUUGAUCAAUCGAGAGGGGCAGGUGGUGAAGAGAUACGGAAUCCUGAGUGAUCCAAGUGUGGUGGAGAAGGAUCUUCCCCAAUACCUUUAAACUCCUAAUGAAGGACUGACUCACUUACUGAUACUCCAUAAUCCAUUUUGUCUGUCCACCAUCCUUCUCUGCCUCUCCAGCAUCAGUGAAUAUAGUUUGGAUCCACCCCAGACCAGUGACGGUCUGUUCACAAACCCGCAUGGCGGAUAGAGCAGACCUGAUGAAAAAUGGCGUACAAACCUGCUGGGAGAAUUUCCAAGCUUAUAUUCAUAAGUUUGUCUGGAGAGAAGAAGAAAUGAUCCCAUACACAAUCACAGUAGAUUCACAUCUCACUGUGCCUUCAUAAUAAACUGCUCAAAAACUUUGUUCAAAUUAUA